AUGAGUGCCAGGAAACUACAGCAGGAGUUUGAUAAGGUCAACAAGAAGAUUGCCGAAGGUCUUGCGGCCUUUGAUGACACCAAGGAGAAGAUGCAAAACUGUGAGGUACCCUCACAAAGGGACAAGUUGGAGAACGACUUGAAGAAGGAGUUGAAGAAGUUACAAAGGUCGCGAGAUCAGUUGAAGAUAUGGUUGGGAGACAGUAGCAUAAAGCUAGACAAGUCAUUGCUACAAGAGAACCGGACAAAGAUAGAGCAUUCGAUGGAUAUAUUCAAGGAGUUGGAAAAGUCAUCCAAAAUAAAGCAAUUUUCGAAUGAAGGGUUGGAACUACAACGAGAGAGUAAAAAGCUGUCUCGAUUUGGCGAUGUGGAGAAACUACAAGAGGCAUGCGAUUACAUCACUGGAGUAAUUGAACUGUUGACGAGCCAGAAUGAAGAAUUGGACCAAGAGUUGGAUUCACUUGGGGCUCAACUGAAGAAGAAAGGUGGGUACUCUGUACAAAGUUCGAUAGAGGAUACAAAGUAUAAAAUAGAUCGAAAUAAUACUCAUAUUGAGAAAUUGGAAGAAGUGUUGGAUAAUUUAGAGAAUGACAGAUUGGAUCCAGCCAAGAUUGAUGAUAUUAAAGAUGACUUGGAUUACUACGUCGAGAUGAAUCAGGAUGAGGACUAUGUCGAGUAUGACGAGUUUUAUGACCAGUUAGAGGUUGUUGAAGAUGAAGAGGAGGAGUUGGAAGUAGAGGGAAGCUUGGCACAGAUGGCAGCUGAGUCAUUCGAAGAAGAGGAAAGAAAGAGGUUAGAGUUACAGCAAUUGGGACAUCAGCAGUCGGAAGCAACUAGAGCAAAUCAAUCAUCAGCAUCUUCUACCUCCGCAGCAGCUCCAGGAUCAGCAGCAGCAGCAGCAUCGGCUCAUCAAGGAAAAUCAAGUUCUGUAUCUUCCUCUACUGAUGGUCAUUCACACGGUCCUGCAACCACGGUCGCCACUAGUGCCAAGAAUGAUAUACCGGCAAAUGGUUCUACUACAACACCAGUAAAGAAGACAAAACCCAUGAAUGUUGUGCCUGCUCCUCCGCCGCCAAUCACUAGUACCAUUUCAUAUUCAAGCGUGAUUAAAGCAGCUCAAGCUUCAGGUACUAAUGAUACUACCGCUUCCUUAACAAAUCACGUAUCCAGUUCAAAUAAUACACCAAAGGUAAAUAAUAAUGUUCCCCUUGCCACGGCUCUUGGAUCUACCGCUUCUAAUACACCAAGUAAAGCACCUCCCCCAGGGUUUGGUCAGCCACUUGCUGCUGUGAGAUCACUGUCUGCAUCUCCACUUACAAGUGAGUCUAACUUGAAUGAUGUAGAUCAAAAAGCAACGCAGCUGUUGAAAAAGAAGUUGUCAAAUACAUCACAAACCUCAUUGGUGUCGAAUUAUGAUUCUGGUUUGGGUGACUCGUUCAACUUGUUGAUGAAUAUCACUAACAGCCGGUUAAAUGAUCCAUUACCGAUUCAGUCGAUUGGUAAUUUACUAGAGACUUCCUUGUUGAACUGUCCUGACUCAUUUGAUGCUGAGAAGCCUCGACAAUACGUUCCGGUAAAUGUUCAUCCUUCGCUGAUUGACUAUCCACAAGAACCAAUGUUUGAAUUGAAUUCAGCUCACUACAUGCAGAAGUUUGAUGAUGAUACGUUAUUCUUUUGUUUCUAUUAUAGUGAAGGCGUUGAUAAUUUUGCCAAGUACAAUGCAGCAAACGAGUUGACAAAACGGGGCUGGGUGUUUAAUACUGAGCAUGGCCAAUGGUUUUCCAAAAAGGAAACAAAACCUUCUGGAUCAAAGAGACUACUGAUGUUGAUCCAAAAGGAAGACUCGGUUGAACCUCAAGGCGAGUCUAAUGGCGAUGCUCAGUUCAGGAAAUACUUUGAUGAAAAGACCUGGCUUGUUAGAAAUGCAAACCUGAAGAAAGUUUAA